ACAAGACUCGACUUUACAAAUAUUUCUUUGAGUUUUCUUAGAUUUAGAUUAUUUUAACCUUUUUUUUAUAAUGAACCUUCAUUUUCCAGAGUUCAACUUUUCAAAUAGCUAUGCAGCAAAUUGAUCGCUUUAUAGAAGCAAAGCUUACCAUUUUCAGUGCCUCUUGAUAGGCCAUCAUUUGCAAUACUUAACGGUAAAACCCAUUGUGAGAAAAUAAUAUUCCGUUACAUUAAAAACUCAAUUUAAGUAAAGGAUCUAUAAACAUUCUAAAACCAGAACUGCCAUCACAUUGAUAUACACCCUUUACUCCGGACCAAUUUUUCGCUACUACUCUGCCAACAAACUCAAAAUAAUCAAUUUGACUCUUUAUUCAACAUAAAAACAUUGUUGCAAAAGAAUGCAAGCCUAUAACUAAAGCUUAAAAUAAAAAAAAGCAAAGGGUGUAUAGGUUCUAUCUACGAUAACGCGUCGUUUUUUCAUGAAAAUUGAUAUUCCUCUAUUCUAACAUAUGCUUCUAAAAAUCGUUUGUCUUUCAUAAACAGCAAAAUUUCAAGUGAUUUUUAAUCAGCGAUUUAAAAUAUGUUGUAUUUUUUUCAAAUCUGUUUUUCUCGAUACGCCAUAUAUGGAGAUAGAUCCUUUUUAUGUGUUGGCAAAGAUUUGACACAUUAUUCAACAUAAAAACAUAAUUACAAAUGAACGCGAGCUUAAAACUAAAGCUAGAAAUGAGAAGAUUAGAUAUGUGCGUGCCGAAUAGUGGUAUUCGGCGAACGGCCGAAUACCGAAUGUUGACCUUUUCAACUAUUCGGCCAAACGAAUAUUCGGUCGAAUAUUUUAUAGAGAUUUUAAUGAAAAAUAAAAGCAAUUAUUUCAAUUUCCUUCUUUUUCUUUCAUUUUAAUGCCCCUCAUGUUUUGAGUCGAUUAUUCAACCAGGAAGGACAUCAGAUGAGUUGUCGCUUCUAGGGCGUUUAUCAACAAAGAGAUUGGGUUCCUUUGAAAUCUGGGACAUAACAUGUCAAAACAGGUGCCGAGUAAUAUGAAAUUGCUUAUUUGAUAACGAAUUAGUGGAAGGUCGAAUUUACGCAAGAUAUUUCCAAAAUAGUUGUUAAAACAACGACGAUCGUUAACCUUAAGCUUGCCAUACCUUAAAUUGUCGGUCAAUUUAGGACGAUUUUUGAAUAAAAAAUGAAAAAAAGGCAAAUCUGAUAAAAUCUAGGCUUUGUAACACACGAGAGGAAAAAGAAUGUUAAUUACUUUAAAUUUAAAGUUUUCAUUAAAUCACAGCAGCAGUAUCAAAAUCGUAAUUAAGGAAAAAAAUAUCUUCAUUUUGGAAUUUCGUAAAAACUGUUUUUGGACACCAAAACUUCAAGUUUUCAAAGAGAAAUUUGAGUUUUUUAUUUGAUUUAGCAAAUAAUCUGAACAAACCCGGGAUAAAUCCGGGAAAUUUUAUACAAUAUAUGGGCAUCUCGCCCAGAUUUAGCUUAUCUCGUCUAUUACUGGAUUUAAUGGCAAGCCUGGAUAUAUCACGAAAAUCUGGAUUAAACGAUUAUCAAAGAAUAAAGCGAUAUUAGUCAGCAUUCUCCUGUACGAUCUACAGUGAAAGUUGUUCGUGGAACCCGAAAAUGAGUAGAAUGGAGAAGCCCGCUCAUGAAGAUGAGGUUUUUAGUAGUGGGCUGCUGUCAUAUGCUGUCAGUUGUACAUAACGUUAGCGAACAUCACGAACAUCAAGAUGGGAAGAGUCUUUUCCGGGAGGUCAACUUUAUAUAAGGCGCACCGCAUUGGAAAAGGGCCUCUUUUUUCUGCUAUGGGACACACCAGAGACGUCAACCAUCAAAACAAACUCGUGUUUAUGUUGUGAAUUUUUUGAGAAGAAUUUAAUGAUAAGUGGAAGUUAUUAGUAGUUAAAUAAAAGAAGUUAAAUAGUAAAUUGGAAGUAAUUUAAGAAAUAUAUGUGUUUGAAUACUUACCUAUUGCUGUGCUGAUCUGUGCGAGAGAAACCUGAAAAGAAACCGUACUUACCUGCUUAAGACAUCAACCAAGUUAGCCACCAAAGACAUCACCAUACUUACCUGCAUUCUGGGAUUCUACAACCUGUUUCGGAUCGACGGAUUUACGAGGAGGUUGCGUGUAGAGGUACGACUAUAUGGUCCUUCGAGCCGGAUACUCGUCGAACUCCGAGCGUCCGUAACUUUUCCGUUCCUGAAAGAAGUUCCGUUCCUCACCACGUUGUCGGAAUUCGAUAUCCUGUUGAAGUUGUUCCUGAGAUUGAAUAAUACAAGGCACAAAAUUGCCUUUAAAAGGUUAUUAUAUUUCCUAUUACGCUUUACGUGUGACGUUUUGUGCUCCGCUGGGAAUCCUUUUUCCAGAUAACCCAGCACGAUGGCUACCGAGCGCAGAAUCAAGUCGCUCAAGUUGAGACUCCGCAGCAUUGAGACAUCCUUCAGCCUCAUAAGGGUGUUCGUCAAUAACUUCCGAGAAGAUACCCAGUCUGUUGAAGUGCCGGUGCGGCUGGAGAAUCUCGGAGUCCUAUGGGCGGACUUCUGCAAAACUCAGGCUGAGUUGGAGGCUGCUGAAGUUUACGAUCCGGAAGUCAUCGAUUUUCAACUCAAGCAGCGUGCUCAAUUUGAAACGGAAUAUUACCGUGUAAAGGGAUUUUUGCUUUCCGUGAAUAAAACCAACCCGCCACCGUGCAUCCAAUCUUCUCAGUCCAGCGCGCACUUCCCUGCUUCUUCUCAAAUUCGCCUACCAGAUGUCAAACUUCCUGUAUUCAACGGAACACUCGAGAAUUGGCUGAAUUUCCACGACCUGUUUAUUUCUUUAGUGCAUUCUUCCAGCGAAUUGUCGAACAUACAAAAGUUUUACUAUCUACGGUCAUCUCUGGCUGGAGAUGCACUAAAACUAAUUCAAACAAUUGGGCUCAGCGCCAACAACUAUCCCGUUGCCUGGAAUCUGCUUGUAGAGCACUUCCAGAAUCCGUCGCGUCUCAAGCAAGCCUACAUCGAUUCUCUUUUUGAGUUUGUCCCUUUGAAGCGAGAAUCAGCAGCCGAUCUCCAUUCCCUAGUAGAAAAAUUCGAAGCCAACGUCCGGAUCUUGAAGCAGUUGGGUGAAAGAACCGAAUAUUGGGAUGUUCUGCUGAUCCGCAUGCUGAGUAUUCGCCUUGAUACCAAAACACGAAGGGAUUGGGAAGAGUUUUCGUCAGUACAUGAGGCCGUCACGUUUCCGGAUUUGGUCCUGUUCCUCCAAAGACGGGUUACGGUACUGCAGAGUGUCAGCAACGUUAAUCUGGAUAAUUCGUCUAUUUCUGCUUAAAAAAAAACCCGUUUAUCGAUCGUCAGUUGUCAGCAAUAGUGCCACUCAAGUUUCUUUCCGUUAAUGCCAUGCCUGUUCUGAACAUCAUCCGCUCUAUCAAUGCUCUGUGUUCACGAAAAUCACCACCGAGGACAAGGAAAAGCUCGUGCGUCGCCAGCAACUCUGUCGGAACUGCCUUCGAAAGGGGCACCAAGCCAGAACAUGUCAGUCCAAGAACACCUGUCGAAAAUGUCGAGGGAAGCACCAUAGCCAACUAUGCAACCAGGACUCCGGUCAUCUUGAAUCUAACCGACCGAAAACUGAUACCAAGGAUCCCGUUCCAGCCAGUGAAGAAUGUUCUUCGUCACUGUCCGCGGCAGUUCAAAAGCCUCCUACUGGAUUUCGCUCUCACAAGGUACUCCUUGCAACGGCCGUCAUUAAUCUCGUUGAUGAUUUCGGCAAUACCCAUCCAGCUAGAGCACUUCUCGAUUCUGGGAGCGAAUGUAGCUUUAUCACCGAAGCAGUUUCACAAAAACUCAAGGCUCAACGCAACAAGGUUCAUCUAACGAUCUCCGGCAUCGGUCAGUCAUCCGUACAAGCUCGCUGUAAACUUCGGGCUACCCUACAUUCCCGAGUUACCGAAUUCUCUACUGUCGUUGAACUGUUUGUGUUACCAAAACUAACCUUAAACUUACCAUCCGCCACAUUGAGUAUCUGAAAAUGGGACGUGCCAAAGGGAAUACAGUUAGCAGACCCUGGUUUCUACGAAAGCAAUCCUAUCGACGUAGUUCUGGGGGCCGACAUCUUUUUCGAACUCUUCAAGCCAUCCGGUAGAAUUCCUCUUGGAGAAUCUCUUCCUAUACUGGUGAACUCCGUUCUUGGUUCGGGAUGCCGAACACAUUCUAAUUCGCUUAGUACAAGCGCAGGAGUUCUUCGAUUACGUUACAACCCUUGAAACAUCAAAACCAGCCCCCAUCAAAUCUCGCCUAAGAUGGUUCACCCCGUUCUUGGAUUCGAGUCACCUAAUACGCGUAGGAGGGCGCCUUGACAGAUCGUCGUUGACCUAUGAUGCCAAGCACCAAAUUCUACUCCCCUAUCAUCAUCGCUUUUCCACCUUGCUGGUCGAAUACUAUCACCAACGGCAUUUGCAUGCGGCACCACAACUGCUCAUGGGAAUUCUUCGUCUUCGGUAUUGGAUAAUAGGGGCCAGGAAUCUGGCCAAAACCGUCGUUCAUCGCUGCGUAACGUGCGUCCGAGCUCGCCCUAAAUUGGUAGAACAAUUUAUGGCUGAGCUGCCAAAGGAACGCAUAACUGCCACUCGACCGUUCACGAAAACAGGCAUUGACUACUGGGGUCCAAUCUGGCUCAAGCCUCCGCAACGCAGAGCCACACCAACAAAGGCGUUCGUAGCUAUAUUUGUGUGCUUCAGCACAAAAGCUGUACAUAUCGAACUAGUGUUCGAUCUGACAACAGCAAAGUUCCUGCAGGCCUUGCGACGUUUCGUCGCCCGUCGUGGUCAACCAUCCGACAUGUUUAGCGACAAUGGUCGAAAUUUUCUGGGUGCGAAGAAUGAGUUGAAACGUCUGCUAAGCAACUCCGAACAUGCUGACGAGGUGGAAACUGAAUGCUCUGAGUGCAACAUCCGGUGGCAUUUUAACCCUCCGAGAGCUUCCCAUUUUGGCGGGUUGUGGGAAUCGGCGAUAAAUUCAGCACAAAAGCACUUUCUACGAGUGGUUCGAGAUCGUCCUCUGUCAUAUGAUGACAUGGACACACUGUUGUGUCAAAUUGAGUGCUGUUUAAAUUCGCGUCCAAUUGUGCCCCUCAGCGACGAUCCUACAGAUUACGAACCGCUUACUCCCGGGCACUUUUUAGUCGGCACUGCACUCAAGUCUGUUCCAGAUGAGAAUCAUACUGAAGUCCCAUUCAAUUACCUAAGAAAGUGGCAGCAAACCCAGAAACUGUUCCAAGACAUCUGGCGAAGGUGGCACCUAGAAUAUUUGGCAUCAUUAGAACCAAGGGCAAAAUGGUGCAACUUACCUGUGGCGAUACAAGAAGGUCAAUUAGUCGUUUUAAAGGAUGAAGCUACACCUCCGAUUCGCUGGCCAACUGCAAGGAUUUCCAAGAUUCAUCCAGGAAAGGACGGGGUCACCAGAGUUGUUACACUGCAGACACCUAAGGGCUUAUGUGUACGACUGGUGUCUAAGAUUUGUCUGUUGCCGAUUGCAUCACCGCGGAAGGAAUCAAAUAAACAAACCAACGAUGCGCAAUCAACACCAGACAAAAAUGUUCAACGGGAAAUAAGCUCCAGCCACCAAACCGUUCCGGAUCCAUGCAAAAUUUAAUCCAAGGCCUUUUCUGGCUUGGAUCAGGUGAGUUCCUGUCCAUUGCCUUAAUUCUCAUCCAAAAGUCGCUACCGGGUCUUAAAUUUUGCAGGAUCAUUCUUUCACUAAAAUCGUCAACAUUGCUGGUUGGACUUCCACAUAGUACACUUUUCAAGGCACUGCUUUGCGGGAAUCGGGUGAGUUCCUGACAUCACCAUACUUACCUGCAUUCUGGGAUUCUACAACCUGUUUCGGAUCGACGGAUUUACGAGGAGGUUGCGUGUAGAGUAAAAAACAAUAACCAGUCGAUGCCCUGUCGGGAUUAUCAAGGUGAAUGCAUGGAUAACUGCAAUCCGGCCAUACGAAGACCAGGCAACGAUUGUCCAUCCGGAACGUACUGCUGUGUACUUCUCUAGAAAACAGC